AUGAAUGAUUGUUUGGAAAUAAUGUUGGAAAUUGCCGGGAAAAUCGUUCAAAAACAGGUUGUUUUUGAGUAUUUGUUAUCUCAUGGACUUAUAAAUAACUGGGGAAUGGUAGAUAUAUGGGAAAUGCUUCAAAAAUUCCAAAAUUGUGAAAAUCAAUUUUUCAGAUUUGAAGCAAUUUCAGCUUUGACGCAAUUCCAAAAGGAUAAUCUGUAUCCUGAUGCUAGUAAACGCGUAUUUGAUGGCUUACAAUAUGAUUUAACCCUUAAAGAAUUCGAAAAUUCAGAAGAACUUCAAUUUGAGAUGAAUUCAGCUCCAAAUUUGGAUACUUUAUCAGUUAGAGGUUCAUUGUUGAAGCUGAUUAAGCAAAAUGAAGGAGAUUCAGAGUUUAAUGAAGAUAAUUCUCUUAAAAUCAAUGGAAUAGAUCUAAUUUAUACAGAUGAUGAGAGCCAUUCAUUUGCAUUAUACAUAUUGGCCUAUUUAGAGUACGAAAUUGAUGAUUCUGACCAAGAAUUUUUAUUAUCAACGAUGAAUCCAACAUCUUUAGUAGUUUUAAACAUGAUUGAUAAGGAGCUUGCCUUUGGUAUAGCUAUUUAUCAGAAAACUGAUGAUAAAUUGCUUAAUUAUGCAUUGAAUUUUAUAAAACAAAAUAAUAUUGUCGAUAAUUCUCAUGAUAUUGAAGAAUUGUUUAAAGAAUUCGAAGACAAAAUACCAAAAGAUCAGAUAGUCGUCGAUACAGAUGAAAUUGAUGAAAUUUUAUUGAAAAUUAUUUCGGAAAUUCAAGAAAAUCAGGAUUUAGACAUAGAAUUUCUACAGAAAAUCAUGGGUGUAUCAUGUUAUUUUAUGCAGAAGUAUGUAGAAGUUAAUUGUUGCUCAAAUUUGCUGCAAAUUUUCUUAAAUUCAGCAAAAAAGAUGGAAAUUGUUCCUUAUCAACUGAUUUCUGUAUUGUUUAAUUCAAUAUUUGAGGUAAUUAACGAGAAAUCAUUGCUAGAAGAGAAUGUUUACUAUGAAUUAUGCGAAAUUUGUUUGGAUUCUAAGAGAUUUGACAUAAAUCCUGUUAUUUUCCAAUUUAUUUCGGCCAUUCUAGCGAUAAUUAAAUGUGGAUACACAUAUUCAUAUGCUCCUUUCCUUUUAAUUGCUUCAAUUCUAAAGAUUUGUCCAGAAUUAUCAGAUAUUGUUAUAGAAUUAGUAUCAGAUCGACUUCCUAAGAUCGAAGAUGAUGAUACUGGAAUGAUUUCUUGCUGGAGUAUUAUGUUUUCAGCUGCAAUUAUUGCAUGCGACGGAGAUUUCGCUUUUGUUCCAAAUAAAGCAUUGGAUAAAUGGAUGUCUAAUGUUCCUUUGCUUAAAAACAACUUUGUAUUGAAGUUUGCUUCAAAAGCUUUGUCUGUUUUGGCUAAAGAGACAAAUGAAAAAAAGUAUCUCGAUACUUUGGAUAAAAUACUUAAUGUUACACCCGAAAAUGAUGAAGACUACUUCGAUUAUGAAAAUUAUGAAUUUAUUCUUAACGAAUUAUUAAAAUAA